CGGUGCCUUGCUAGCCACUGCCUGGCCAUCUUUUUCGUUGAGGGUGGACCCAGCUCAACGGCAGAACCCUCGCCCUGCAAUCGUCACCGCCAAAAUUUCCUAAUCCAGCGUGGUCUUUUCAGCGUCCAGGGAAGACGGCGACAAAACUCGCGAGAAGCGUCGGAGCAUUUCUUUUCUCCAAUUCGGCGCCAGCCUCAUCGUCGCGUCUCCUGUCAAGGCACUCGCUGCUGUAGGCCGUCUUCAAUUGCCGACCAAACUAGCCUUUCGAGCCCGCGAAGCCCGCGCUUGCGGCUCGCCCCUCUGUGGCUAACUUGUCCCGCUUUGUCCCACCUCCAAGUAAGGUUCGAUAAAUAUCGGAACAGAAACGAGAACCUGCGUCGCUACUUGCUCUGGAAGCAAAGAUCUCGCUGCUCUUCUCGACAUCGUCGCCAUGGCCGCAAAGAUUGAUCAGGACGCGUUUGAGCGUCGGUUCAGAGACUACAUCUACAUCCCGGCCGGUCUUCUCGUCGUCGGCACCAUGAUUGUCAAGAUUGACUGGACGCCGUAUGCUGCUCUGCUGGCCGUUGUGCUCGGCACUUGGAACUACUUCAGCUUCCAGAUCAAGAAGGUGCUGAAGCCGGACGUCUUCCAGGAGUUCCCUCUUCAGGAGAAGACUGUCAUUUCUCACAAUGUGGCCAUCUACCGAUUCAAGCUCCCCUCGCAACAGCACAUCCUUGGUCUUCCCAUCGGCCAGCACAUCUCCAUCGGCGCCCACCUUCCUCAGCCUGAUGGAACCGUCAAGGAAAUCGUUCGAUCGUAUACCCCUAUUUCCGGCGACCACCAGCCUGGAUUCAUCGACCUCUUGAUCAAGUCUUAUCCUCAGGGCAACAUCUCCAAACACAUGGCCUCUCUCAUAGUCGGCCAGACAAUUCGCAUUCGCGGCCCCAAGGGCGCUUUCGUCUAUACCCCCAACAUGGUCCGCCACUUUGGUAUGAUUGCUGGAGGCACUGGCAUCACUCCCAUGCUCCAGGUCAUUCGCGCCAUUAUUCGCGGACGUGCUACCGGCGACAAGACCGAGGUGGAUCUGAUCUUUGCCAACGUCACUGCACAGGAUAUUCUUCUCAAGGAGGACCUCGACACCCUGGCCCAGGAGGACAGCGGCUUCCGCGUUCACUACGUGCUGGACAAGCCUCCGGAAGGCUGGACCGGUGGCGUUGGCUUUGUCACUGCCGAUAUGAUUACCCAAUACCUCCCCAAGCCCGCCAGCGAUGUCAAGAUCCUCCUCUGUGGUCCCCCUCCUAUGAUUAACGGCCUGAAGAAGGCUACCGAGGGUCUCGGUUUCUCCAAGGCUCGUCCCGUCAGCAAGCUCGAGGACCAGGUUUUCGCUUUCUAAAACAAAAGAAAAAGGAAUAUGUCCAUGUGCGGCGCCGGUAUAUCAGUUGGCAGCAAAUGCAUUUUUUUUUUUGGUUUUUGCCCUGAAGCGGUGUGACAACACUUUUUUCUUCUUCUUUUAAAUCAAAAUAGGAGAGUGGCUUUAUAGACUGCUUUGCUCUAAAAAGUUGUAAUGGGUUCAUUGACUUGAGAGUGAUAUCCCCUCUCUUUAAUAAAAAGAAAAGAGCAAUAUCACGGAUUGGCCAAUGUGGGUAGAAAAAACAAAACAUCGGAUAUAGGAUACUUGGAUAGAAUAAUCUAUAAUGUCAAUUAUGCUAAUGUCUCUUAAAAAAUGCAUCUCCAUCUAAAACAAAUUCGCUAUUUUCCCCUUUUUUU